AUGUCAGACUUCAUUGUUGACAACGAUAAUAUUGAUGUUUUAAGGGCAAAGAUUCUCAUUAUGGAGAGCACCUAUGUUGAGAACACUAUGACUGUGGAGGAUGCAAGAGAGUACGGGCACACACAUUUAUCUGAGGUUGUUUCUCUGCUAUUUCCUUCAUGCCUGCUGACCCAUUCUUUGACUUUGAUGCUUGUUCUUGUUGCAAUUCUAAUAUAUUUCUGUCAGAUAAUCAGUUAUGCAGACAGAUUUGAGAACAAAGCAAUUCUACUGAUUCACUUUUCAGCUCGAUAUCAAUUAAAUGUAAGUACAUGUAGUUUUUCCCAUAGCAAUGACAAUCAUAUGUCUUCCAGGAUGGUGAGUUCCAAUGGGUAUUCCUAUCUACACUGCUCUAUUAAUUUUUUUUUCUCUCUGACGUAAUCAAGUUAAUGCCUGCUAAUUUUUUUCAGGUUAUUCAAGAUGCCCUAUCUGUAUUGCCGCCACUGUUGGCAGGCCGAGUGUUUGCACUUACUGAAGGUUUCUGAAGUGAAGAGAGAUGACAUCUGAAGUCACAUUUUGUAAGAUGGGUGGAGGCACUUCAGGAUGUUGUAUGAAACCUAUGAACCUUUUAUGUUCAAUCACAAAGCAGAAGUUGCCACACAAUUUGCGACUUCUCUACGUUAUCUGUGAGCUCCCAUGAAAACUUGAGCCAACAUAGUGGAAGCAUGACAACGUGUGUGGAGGGUUUAUUGAUUCUGUCUGCAGUCGCACAGAUUUGCUUGUUUCUUUGGUUUAAUGUAUGUUCCUUUAGUCAUUUUCUUUGUAACAGAAACUAGAGCCGUAUCAUUGGAAAUUUGACAUCAAUUAGCAACUAAAAUAAGUUUGUGUUGCUAUCUCUCAUUCCAUGUGUGGCCUUGGUGAUAAAAAAAAGAAGAAGCUAUCCUUGAAGUGUUAAGGUGGACUGGUUGUGCUAUUUUUGGGAAAUCUAUUUGAACAAGGCUCAGCUGUACCGUCUCUGAAAU